AUGGUCGUGAUGGUUGCUCAGCAGCUGUCUGGCAUCAACGCAGUAAUAUUCUUCUCGACUGAUAUAUUCAGUAAAGCCAAUCUGAGCGAGUCGGAGUCUCAAUACGCUACGUUAGAGCUAUUCAAUCAGUCAUCCAGACCAGCAGCCACAGCGGUAGCUGUUACUGUCAAUUGGACGGCUAAUUUUAUUGUCAGCUUAAGUUUCCUGCCGCUUACGCUGGCUUUGGGAUCGUAUACGUUCAUAAUAUUUGCUGUUCUACAAUUAUUAUUUAUCAUCUUCAUAUUUUUCAAAGUGCCCGAGACGAAAAACAAAACGGUAGAAGAAAUAACCGCCAUGUUUAGACAACAAAUUUUAAAACUGAGUUGGAAAUGGGUAUAGUACUAUUUACGUUAGUAGAAUUACUAACACAGUCAGUAGCGGCGUUAGGGUAGGGCGCGGUUGGGCGACCGCCCAGGGGCGCCGAACGAAAAGGGGCGCCGCAGGCCACGGCGCCCCUUUUUCGUCCGACGCUUUUUUCUGAUUCUGUAUAAUGAGGAAGUAUUUUAAAAAAACGAAAGCACUACAAAAAUACCUCCACUAGAUGGCGACUCUAGCAAAAGUUGAUUUUUGCAGGAAACGAAUGGAACAAAGACAGUCAUUUCCGUUCAUUUUAAAUAACAUAUUAAAAAACUGAAAUUUGAAAAGUUCGAAACUUAGAUAUCAAUACAAAUACGAAACAGUACAAAUAGAAUAUGAGUUGUUUAUUGAGUUUUGAAAACUAAUUUACUUUUAAACAUGAAAGAAAACUGGAAGGGUUGUCAUGGAGAAAUCAAGAACAUACCGUAGCGACAUCUAGUAUGAUUUCGGGAACAAUUUUUUUUUCUAAUACUUCCUCAUUUCCUACAAACGCCGUCUUAUAGUUCCCUUGCUCAUUGAACAAGGCCUACUAGUUCGGCGAAAAAAGAACAAGAACCUUGAGAUUUUUUUUUAUUUUCAAGUUGCCUCACCUUCAGCAUGAAUUGAAAGGAAACUUAACAAGAAAAAUAUUAUAUUAUGGUAAAAUAUAUGUAUUUUAUUAGGUAAUAUGACGUACAUUGGCGGGCAUUAUCGCUCGGUCAUUUAAGAAAAUUUUCGUUUGAGCAUGUUUAAACGUUAAGCUGAAGCUAAAAUGCUGCAAUACAAACGAAUGCAUCGGCAGUGGAGCCUCUGUCUGGCAAGUCAGAUGGAAUAGCUACUCAAGAGAUUGUGGAUGAAAAAUCCCGAAGUAAGGGAGCAAGUUGUGCUAUGAUUACAGAUGCUGCACAGGAUAAAUCUGUAAUUGAUGUACAACAAAUACAUGUACUAGAUGAUGUUGAUACUGUUGUCUCGAAUAUAGCGGAUCCAGCUACUUGUCCACUUAUUUGA